ACAAACACGUCUGUAAUUCUUUCGAGCUGCACUUGUAAAUCGAUUACCUUGUCAAACUGUUUAAUUUUAAUGCGCUAGUUGUUUUAUAUACACGUGCAAGAUAAGAGUUAUCGAGUUUAUAAAGCCACCAUGUCUCGUGUUUGUAAGAGAAAGCCGUCAGUCUGCACGGAUCAGCCUCUCAGUAACGAUGAGAUCUGCAACAAAGUAGCAGUGAUGCGGCGCGCGCUGACCUCCUGUUACGGCCCACGUGGCAGAUUAAAGCAAAUUCACAACGCAGUCGGAGGGCAGGUUCAGAGCACGUCCACCUCAGGGGUACUGCUCAGAGCCAUGACGCUGUCAGAGCCGCUACUCCGACUGAUCGCUGCGGCAGUCCUGGAUCACACCGCCAGACUGAGUGACUGCGGUUUGUUCACAGGAGUCUUCUGCCUUGGCCUAAUUGAAAAUGGAAAAAGGUUGGGUCUCGGGUCUGCUGUGGCAAGUCAAGUGUAUCAAUACUUGUUAGAAGAAUGCAACCGGUAUCUCAGGGCAGAUGAUUGCGGGUGCAAGGUUCAGGUGGAUUUCAGCAGUAUUCGGUCACUUAUGGCUUUAGCUCAAACUGUGGUAUCUAGCAAACCAGCCUGCAUGCUCCACCCUGAUGAAUCACAACACAUCACCUCUCUGACCGUGCAGGCCUUUCUUCAGUCUGUUCCAUCAGCUUCAUCAGGCGUAUUUGGAAGAACAUUGGUUCUGGCCUUAGACGGACAGCCAGUUAGCGAUUCUGUUGUUUUGCCCGGAUUGCUAAUCGAAACACCCGUUUUAAAGUCUGUCGAUCUAAAGAACCGUAAUCCAGGUCGCUGUAAGAUAGUGUUAUUUGGCACAUCUCUGUCAGGUGAUUGUUCUGAAAUUGGAGAAGCAGCUUUAGAGAUCCCAGUGGGAAUAAAUCCAGAGACGGUCGUCUUGGAGCAGCUUUUGAAGCUCGGCGAGCGAGUGGUUCAGGACGGCGUGGGAGUGUUUGCAUGUCAGAAGGUGAUUCACCCGGUGCUGCAGCAGUACCUGAAGGAACACGGACUGGUGGUCAUCGAGCGGCUCGGACUUGCUCUGAUGGAGCCAGUUGCUCAAAUGACAGGCGCUCUGAUUAUGGCGUCUGUCUGCACCCCAGUCCCAGCCAAAGCAUAUGGACAGAUCGAGGGGCUCCAUCUGCAUCGGAUUGGACCUAAAGAGUUUUUCCAGCUCGUUCCGUCUGGAGAGGCAGCCGUUAACACCAUGGUGCUCUGUCACAGGAACGAAACCAUGUUAGAGGAGCUUAAGGUGACGUGUCAGACAGCAGAGCAUGUGCUGCGACUGACUCUUAAGGAGCCUUAUGCACUGAUUGGAGGGGGCUGCACAGAAACAUUGUUGUCUGCUUACAUCAAAUACAUAAGUGAGUCUAAGGCGAGUGAAGCGGCCUCGGCUCUAAAGUGCUCACGUGCAGACUUCCUCCUCGCUACAGAGGCGUUCUGCUGUUCUCUGCAGUCUGUGGCUCUUUCUUUAAACCAUGAUGACCAGCACUUCCUCACGGACUUGACUCAUGCUCAUUGCUGGGUUACAGAAGCUGAUGCAUUCUCACAAACCACAACCUUGCACCGCUGCAGCUGUGGUUUGGUAAAUGUAAAGGCAACUCUGGAGAAGAUUUUUCUCAGUACGCUUAACAAGACAGCGUAUCUGUCCUUCCUGCCAGCACCUGUCACAUCGGAUGUCCAACCCGGACUGCUGGACUCGUUCACUGCAAAGCUCAAUGCCUUGAACGUUGCUGUAGAGACCGCAAAUCUUGUGCUAAAUGCAAGCUACAUUAUUAGGGAUGUGAAUUAAUUGGACAAGUUUUGAUGCAAGACUUGACAUACAAGGCAGCACUGUGGCAUACAGUUCCUGCGUCUUAACAUUAGGUGGCGAUCUUCUUUUUGGAGAAGAUUACCAAUCGGUGACAUUUUGGCAUUUAAAACUCACAGAAUUGCAUUUUCAGAAAUAAGUAUUUAUAUCGCUAGUUAAAUUUUAAUACUGUAACAAGGAUGACUUUGAUGUCUUAUAUUAUAUAUGCACUUUAUUCUAUUAUUUUAUUAUUUAUGUUUAUUUAAAUACAUUAUCUAUAUAACUGAUGUGUAUUGGUAACAUGCCCAGUUAUGCCUCCCUAAAGUUCCUUAUUGCCCUAGCUUUUGCAUAAAAAGCUCAAUCAAUAUCAAUCAAAAUCGAUAUGGGUGAUCAAACCCAUACCUACUGUUGACACUUUCAUUUAGCUGCAUAAUUAUUGGCACCUUUAGUAAAAAUGAGUGAAAGGGUUAUAGAAAAAAAUUGUUGUUAGUUGGGCAUUUUGUGUGGAUUAGAAUGUGUGUGUGUUUGUUGUAUCCUGUUGCACGAUCCAGCUAUGGUUUUAUUUAAUACCUCUCUACUUACUUAAUGGAAUCUGUAAUGCCAUGUCACAUUAGCACUGUGUGGCCUUGCACCUCCAGUGUCGAGAAUUUCUGUGUGUGUGUGUGUGGAGCUUGUGCUUUGUGGGUUUCCUUCCAGUGUUCUGGUUUCCUCCCACAGUCCAAAGACAUGCAGAGUAGGCUAACUGGUGUUUCCAAAUUGCCCAUAGUGUUGUGGUGUAUGCAUGUGUACCAUAUGAUUGGCACUCUGUCCGCCUCGUGCCCGGAGUUCCUCAGUGUUCCCCUGGCCUCCUGCGUUAUCCAGUACAGGUUUUGCCUUAGUGUAAUAGGAGACCCAAACAUCUCAGAUCCUCUAUUGAAACUUAACAGUGAGGAUUAGGUUCUUUUAUCUAGAUCAAUUUUUCACUUGCAUUAAAAACAAAAGUCUCUAUUUUCGUCAUAUAUGACCACAGGGCCCAGUUUGAGUCAAAGAGAUGGUAGUGUUUUUUCUAAUGUUUAUACAAAAUAAUUACAAAUUCAAAACUAUAAUAAAUAAUGAGAAUAAAAAUAGAAUAAAUAAUUGCUGUUGUUUAAAAAUGUAAUGUAAGCAUAUGUUUCAUUGACAUUCCAUAACACAGUGUAACUGUAAAUUAUCAUUAUUAUUAUUAUUAUUAUCAUUAUUAUAACUUUAAGCACACUAUUUCUGUUUAAUAAAUAAUCUGUUUAAGAUGUUGUAAUAAUAGAAAUUCUACACUUUGGAAAUUACUGUUAUAGGAAAGAAAUGACCAUCUAGCUGAUAUUGUACCUGUGCUUUGCUUCAGGCUGCAUCAGUUUAUUUUAUUGUUAAUUAUUUUCCCAUAAGAGCAUGCAAGUGUUUUAUUUCAUACACUGGAUUCUACUGUGGAUCCCUAAAUCGGAUCCAUUCAUGCAUAUCCACAGCAUGACAGCAGAAAUUUGGGUGCUAUGGUUUUGCUCCCGAAAGUCUUAAACUGACACUAAAGGUUACAUUUUUCCCCCAGGUUUAUAAGCCGCUGUCUGAAUGGGCAAAAAACGGAUCCCAAAUAAAACUUACUUAUAAAGCUCUAUUGACAGCUUUCCUUAUUUUAAUGUUAUUCUGUCAAUAAUCUGUUUUUAUUGUACAAUAAAAAAAUAUUUGCAAUAAUAAAGUUUCA